AUGUACCCGAAAUCCGAUAACCAAGAACAGGCUCAAGACAUUGAUAACUUGAAUGUCAUCCACGUCACCGGAACAAAAGGCAAAGGCAGCACAUGUGCCUAUGUGGAUAGUAUCCUGCGGGAACACGCAAGAAGAAAUGGAAUAUCGCGGAAAAUUGGACUUUAUACUUCGCCGAGUCUGUGGCCGCAAAAUAGGAUACGAAUUGAUUCAAAUCCGCUAUCAGUGGAUAUGUUCAUGCAGCGCUUCGGUGAAGUAUGUACCGGGCUAUCUAUCGACCCUGAUAGGCCGUCUCCUGAUAUCAAGAUCCCUGGGUUACUCCAGAUGAUGGCUAUCUUAUCGUUCCACACUUUCAUCAAAGAAGGUGCUGAUGUUGUCAUUUGUGAGGUCCACCAUGGUGGCCAGUUUGAUGCGACCAAUUUUGUUGAACAUCCUGUCAUCACUGCCAUUACGAAGAUUGGUCUGGACCAUGUUGAUAAUCUCGGGGGGUCUAUCCAGAAUAUCGCUUGGCACAAGAGUGGGAUCUUCAAGAACGGGGUUAUUGCACUUUCCGUCCCACAGGUUCCAGAAGCUGAAGAUGAAAUGAGGCGACGGGAGAAGGAACUCGGUGCAUCGCUACACUUUAUCAAAGAUGUCAAGGGCGCAUUAAUCCAAUUCGUCACCGACAUCGCCUUCGAAAGCAUCUUGCCCGAACAGCGAGAAAAUUGUGCACUAGCCACGCAGAUCGCUCAUCACUUUCUCCAAAUGAGUGGUCACUCGCUCGAUGAGCGAGACGUUCAGGCUGGGAUUGAGAAGUGUCGUUGGCCUGGGCGCUUCGAUGUCGUCGAAUCGGGUGGCUGCACUUGGUAUAUGGAUGGAGCACACAACGAAAUGAGCAUGGAAGUCGUUGGAAAGUGGUAUGAGCGAGUGGUCAAUGCUAAGUAUGUUCACUGUGUUAAUGCCAGCCAGUAUACUAAUAAUAGCAGAUCUACUCGAGUUCUCAUUUUUGCUCAUUUUUCACCGGAGCGGAAGCGUGACUGGUCCAAGAUACUACAAACGCUGGGUAAAUAUCUACAGACGCCGGUCCAGCACGUCAUAUUUGUCAAAAAUAUUGAAUAUGAUCAUUUCACCACUGCAGAUGCACGAAUGGAAGGUUUCGUUCAGCUCUGGAAAACAAAUUGGCCCUCCAGUGCCAUCUAUAAGGCUGAUAGUGUCGGAGAUAGCAUCGAUCAGGUUAAGAAGAUUGGUUCGGGGGCGCAAAUCCUGGUUACGGGAAGCCUUUAUCUGGUCGAAGCUGCUUUAGAACUUGUCAAAGGCGAGAUUGUCUAA